GUGUUCAGGGCAGAGAGUGGUAACCCGUGACAAGGCUAGGAUGAGGGAGAGCAUAAAGCAUUCAAGGAGCUGCCGGUGGCUAAGUGGGAAUAGGGCAAGAGGCCCAGAACUGAUGCUCAACAUUCAUCGAAAAAAUGAAUAAGAGACAGGAGAAAGAGAACGCUGGAGAAGCAGACAGGGAACAAUUGUGCAGGGAACCGUCAACUAAGGACAAGAGUUUGGACUUUUUCCUGAGGGCCAUGAGGAGCCGUGAUAGGGUUUGGCACAGGGCGACAGCUUCAGGUUUGAGUUUUCAAGAGAUCACUCUCGCUCUGUAUAGCGCACCGGUUAUAGGAAGAGGCCGUUGCAAUCAUCCGGUAAUCACCGUAGUCUUUGUCAACCUCUACCUGGUGCUGUUCACGCCCUACUGGCCUGUCACUGUGCUCAUCCUCACCUGGCUGGCUUUCGACUGGAAGACCCCCCAGCGAGGUGGCCGCCGGAUAGCCUGUGUGAGGAGAUGGUGCAUAUGGAAACACUACUGUGAUUACUUUCCUCUCAAGCUUUUGAAGACUCAUGAUAUCUCCCCCAAUCACAACUACAUCCUCGUGUGCCACCCUCAUGGGCUUUUUUCCCACUCAUUCUUUGGCCACUUUGCCACAGACUCCUCAGGCUUCUGCAAGAUCUUUCCCGGUAUCACUCCUUAUGUUCUCACACUGGGAGUCUUAUUCUGGGUGCCGCUUCUCAGAGAUUAUAUCAUGUCUUCAGGGAUCUGCUCUGUGAGUCAAGCCUCCAUGGACUUUCUGCUCACACAUAAAGGCACUGGCAACAUGCUGAUUGUGGUGGUUGGUGGCCUGGCUGAGUGCAGAUACAGCCUGCCAGGCUCUACCACCCUGGUCUUGAAGAAUCGGACUGGCUUUGUACGCGUGGCCCUUCAUCAUGGAGUUCCUCUAAUCCCUGCCUAUGCCUUUGGGGAGACAGACCUCUACAAUCAGUACAUUUUCACUCCUGGGGGCUUGGUGAAUCGCUUCCAGAAGUGGAUGCAGCGUAUGGUACACAUCUACCCUUGUGCUUUCUAUGGGCGUGGCUUCACGGAGAACUCAUGGGGCCUACUGCCCUAUGCCCGGCCCAUAACCACGGUUGUCGGGAAGCCGCUACCACUGCCCAAGAUUGAGAACCCGAGCCAGGAGACGGUGGCUAAGUACCACGCACUCUAUAUCGACGCCCUACGCAAACUCUAUGACCAGCAUAAGACCAAAUAUGGCAUCUCAGAGACCCAGGAACUGGUGCUCACUUGACAGACAUCACCAGCAGCUUCUCGGCCUGGCUGGAAGGUGUAAAGAACCUGUGAAACAGGAGGACCAGUGUCCCAUGUGGGCCUCCUGCUCCUGAUUUGGCGAGUCCUCAAUAUGAGGAGGCUGUCCUCUAGGCCCCUCUUCUUCCUUCAUCUCUCGCUGCCUUCCAGCUCUUCUCUGCCUUUACCUUGGGGCUACAAGGGAAACAGCCCCAAAAGGCAGGGAAAGCCCUAGGCGAGAGGUAUCUUGAAGUCUCCCUCACGCAC